AUGCCCGCGAAAAAGCGCACCACAUCGAGCCCCUCCGGAAGUACUGCCAACAAACGAGGCAGGCUCGAUCUAUCGGAUCCCCAUCCUAAUGCCCAACAAGCCGAAGAGUUUGGCAUUGUUCUGCGGGAGUUCUACCCUCCGGAAAUGAGCAACGAGCGUUGUGCAGCCUACAACAAUGGCACCCUGGAGCGCCCGAUUGAGACUUUGCAGAAAGCGUAUGAAGAAACGGCAGACACAAGGCAGUCAAUACAACUGAAAAAUGCUGUAGUGCAUUGGUUCAAGACAGACCUGCGACUUCACGAUAAUCGGGCUUUGUAUAUGGCGUAUGAGACAGCGCGGGAUAACAAGAUCCCGCUCAUCUGCUUGUAUAUACUCUCACCGGAGGAUUUGACGGCUCAUCUUACCAGUCCCGCCCGUGUCGACUUGACUCUCCGGACAUUGGCGCAGUUGAAGCGGGACCUAGGGGAACUCGAUAUUCCUUUGUAUAUGGAGACGCAGGACAAGCGUAAAGAUAUUCCCAGUCGUAUUCUUGAUCUAUGCCAGCGCUGGGGAGUGAACAACUUGUUUACCAACAUAGAGUACGAAGUUGAUGAACUACGGCGAGAUGCAAAGCUGGUGCGACUCUGUGCGGACAAUGGUAUCAAGUUCGAAUCGGCCCACGACACUUGUGUUGUCACCCCAGGUGCCCUUCACAGCCAACAGGGCACACAGUACGCUGUAUAUACUCCGUGGUAUCGCACAUGGGUUGCUUUUUUGCAAGAGAAUCCAGAAUACCUCGAGGUUGUGGAGGAGCCGGGUUCCAAUCCCGACGACGCCCGAAGGCACUUUGGAGAUUUAUUCGGCAGUCAGGUACCUGCGGCACCGAGCAAUAAACGUUUGUCUGAUGAAGAGAAGGCGCAUCUGGAACAACUAUACCCGGCGGGCGAGCACGAAGCUCUCCGCCGGCUCGAGGAGUUUCUGGAGGAGAAGGGAAAGUCGUACGACGACAUGCGGAACAUACCAGCCGCAAAGAGCACCUCCAUUCUCAGUCCAUACUUUGCAUCUGGCUCGCUGAGUGCCAGAACGGCAGUGUCUAUGGCAAAGAAGGCCAACCGAAAUCGACUGAAUUCCAACGAGUCUGGGUAUGCUUCGUGGAUUAGCGAGGUUGCAUGGCGGGACUUUUAUCGGCACGUACUUGUCCAGUGGCCUUUCAUAUGCAUGAACAAAUGCUUCAAACCCGAAUUCACCAACCUCGAGUGGGAGUAUGACAGAGACCAGUUCAACGCCUGGUGUGAGGGCAAGAUAGGAUACCCUAUUGUCGAUGCUGCGAUGCGACAGUUGAAACAGGAUGCUUGGAUGCACAAUCGCACACGCAUGGUCGUAUCUUCCUUCUUAUCGAAAGACCUCUUAAUCGAUUGGCGCCGCGGAGAGCGAUAUUUUAUGGAACAUUUGAUCGAUGGGGACUUCGCAUCAAACCACGGAGGAUGGGGUUUUGGGUCUAGCACAGGCGUCGAUCCUCAACCGUAUUUCCGUAUCUUCAACCCUUCCCGCCAGAGUGAAAGGUUCGACGCGGACGGCGAGUAUAUCCGGCACUGGGUACCGGAACUGCGUGAUAUCAAGGGAUCAGCAAUUCAUGAACCGUACGAACGAGGCGCAGGGGCUGUUGCAGAGAAAAAUGGAUAUCCCAAGCCGAUUGUGAAGCAUUCGGAGAGCCGAGAUCGAGCGUUGGAUCGGUACAAGAGAGCGUCACAGAGCAAGUGA